UUAGUGUGAAGCUUUGUACAUCCGUAUUUUAGUGUAUUUUAUUUUAAACGGAUUGUAAUAAAUACAAUAAUUGAUAAUCUCGACGCUGUUUAUUUAUUAUUAACGCAUGGUGAACGUUGUAUACUCUUUUUUAUGAAGUAAUCGAAAUAUUUCAUUGGGCUUUUUUGACAGCGGGUGUAGAUUGAACAUCAGUCAUUCAGGUAAAUAAGAGUUCGACUGAUGGAUUUUGAAUUUAGCAAAGAAAAUAUUUUACCCCUACCUGGAGGCAGGAAUGUUCAUCAACUUGGAAUCGCCCUUCAGGCUCAAACGAAUAGGGAAUGUCAAAUGGAACUCGCACAACAAAAACAACAAUGGGAAGAAUUGAUUAGGACAUACAGCGGAGACGAUCCUUUAGAAAAUUAUUACAAAUAUAUAUCAUGGAUCGAACAAACUUAUCCUAAACACGGCCACGAAGGGAAUUUGAUUCCUUUACUUGAACAUUGUUUAAAUAAAUUCGAAAGCGACAGAAGAUACAUAAAUGAUAGAAGGUUUUGCAAAUUAUGGAUUAAGUAUUUUGACUCUCAACCGAAUCCAUUGGAAUUUUAUCACAUGUUAAAAGCAAAAGGUCUAUGUACGGGUUGCGCGGAUUUUUACAAAGCGAUGGCGUAUUACCACGAAGCUGCCGGUGAUUUUCAAGCGGCGAACAACGUAUUCGAAGAAGGGAAAAGAAAUUUAGCGCAACCAUACGAAGAAUUAGAGAACGCGCAUCAAAAUUUAAUCGUGGCAGCCGGUCAACACGUAAUAUUUGGUCCGAAUCAAAGUAAUCUCAUAGAAAAACGUCAGGCCCUUACAGCGUUACAUACUUACCGACCGGGGCGAGUAGGUAGCGUACGAGUACCUAGUUCUAACCCAAUGGUAACUUUCCCGUCGAAUAGUUCGAUUUCUUCGAGAAGCAACGCCGUAGUACACAUACACGAAGACAGGGCCGGAGAAGAAGCCUCCGCGGUCGUAGAAGCACCACCUGUUAGUAUUAUAGCCGCGGUUAAACGGCAGGAAAUGCCUAAGGAGAAUACCCUAAAAGCGGGACCUUGGACGAAUAUAGUUCCAGUUAAAAAGAGAGUCAUAGGGAGCGGUAGUAGCGGUAAUUUAGCCACCGGUUUUACAGUACACGAAGACAUCGAUAUGCCGAGGGAGAUAAUUUUCCCGAAAGUUACCUUGGAAGAUUAUUCCGAUUGGGUGGUGAACGUCUAUUACCCCGAACCCCCGAAUCCGAACGCCAUCCCCAUGUAUCCCAAACAUAGAGUUUACGGCGAACCGAAUACCGAAUACAGUUUGGAGGAAUUGAGGAGUUCGAGGUAUAUUCGGAAAACUCCGGAAGUUUAUGAACCCAUAGUAACCGACGAUCCAGAAGUGGAGUUCGUCGAAGAAAUUCCACCGUCGCGCCAACAAAACGAAGAACUUCCCCAAAUACAAAAACAAGAGAUUCUAGUUAAUAAUUCACCCCAAAGUUUUCAUCAAUUAGCCAACUCUCCGCAAAAUUUCACGAGAAAUUCUUUCCAAAAAGACCCCCAAAUGAGAAAUAGUAUCUCCAACGGUACUAUGCAGUGUUCUCAAUUCAUGGGAAACGCGCAAUCCCCCAUGAGGAAUGUACAAACGCCUACUGGUGGUACGCAUUCACCUAUGGGGAUGUUUCAAUCGCCUAGGGGUGUACAACAGUCCCCUGGUCCGAAUAGUCCGUACUCGCUUUGGCCUUCCACCGGUUUCAACGUCUGGCAAUCGCCGCAACAAAAACCUGCUGCCCCGUUUGGAAUUUUCGAACAAUCCUUGGAGGAAAAUCAACCCAGAGGUAGUGCCAUGAAAACUGCUUUUAAAGUACUAAACGCCGAUGAUUUGGCCGAAACGGGCUCGAGGGGUGGUAUGGACGUUGCGGCGCAAGCUACGGAUAGUGCUAAACCCAUGCCUCAAUUCAGCGAUAACAGUUCUUCUUCUACCGAAGACAAUUUCGACGAUUGCAGGGGGCAAAUAGAAGACGAUUACGUCAAUACGGACGUUUUUAAUUUUAAUCUCACAGCUAUGAAAGUCAGUACCCCUCAGAAGGGUAACAGGGAAAAUAACGCCCUUAGUACGAUUUUAGAAGAGUCCAAAGUCAGUUACGGUUCUUCGUCUAGUUCCGGUUCGAAUGCGAAAUCGGUGCAUCUAAACAAAACGAACAAGAUGAGCACCAUUUCCGAGGAACACAACAGUUAUUUAGCCCAAAAUUUAAUGGCCAAUGCCGCUCUGAGAUCUAGUCUAUUGGCGGACUAUAUGGACGUGGCGCCGGCGCAUCAAUCCGUAAUAAUCGACGACGAAGAAGAAGAAAAGGAAGCGAUAGAACCGAACGAUAUAGACGCCCAUGCGCAUAACAGAACCCUCCCGGCGCCGGCUAGUGUACAUCCUUUGGAUUACGUUCCUUCUGAUCCGUUCAAGAGCGGUCUGAUCAAUAAAUUAUUGGAGAGGGUGGCUUUUCCUGGGCCGCACGUUUACGGUUACAGACAGAUACAGUGUAUCCCGAGGCUCGGGGUUAAAAAGGAACCGGUGGUUAUAGGUCAUGAAAAAUAUAUAGUGGAAAAACAGUUGGGAAAAGGUACUUUCGGUACGGUUUAUAAAGCCCUGGAUUUGGGUAAUUGUAAAACGGUUGCGAUGAAAUAUCAGAAACCGGCCAAUAAAUGGGAAUUUUACAUAUGCAGGGAGUUGCAAUCUCGUCUGGCGCAGCAUCCCCUCAGAGACAGGUUUAUGGAUAUACCUUUAGCUUAUUUCGGCGAUCAAGCUUCGUUAAUUAUUUCAGAAUAUAUACCGGGCGGUUCGCUUUUAGAUUUAGCCAAUUCGUACAAACAAAAAUUGGGUAAAUCGAUGAAGGAAUGUUUAGUGAUUUACUUCUGCAAGGAGAUGCUCCAGAUAAUCCAAGCCAUGCACCACGUUAGGAUAAUACACGCCGAUAUUAAACCGGAUAAUUUUCUGGUAUUCGUCGGUCCGGAUAAUACCGUAGGUUUGCAGUUGAUAGAUUUCGGAUGCAGCAUCGAUAUGACGCUUUUCCCUUCGAACGCAACUUUUAACAGACGCGUCACCACCGAGGAUUUCGUCUGUUGCGAAAUGUUGGACGGCAGACCGUGGAAUUAUCACACGGAUCUGUUUUGUAUAGCCGCUUCGGCGCACGUCCUACUCUUCGAUUCUUAUAUCAAGUUACAGAAAAGGGACAAUCUUUGGUCGAUUCAGCAGAGGUUUCCGAGGUAUUUGAAAGUCGAUUUGUGGAAUAUGUUUUUCAGCAGUCUGCUUAACCAACAGGUGAGUCGUUUUUUUACCAUAUUUGAGAUUAUGGAACAUUUUUUUACUGCGCUAAAGUUUUUUCUUGGUGUAACAUUCAGUGAUACUUUUUUUCAGUGUAGGUGUAUUUUAAUGUUUUUUUUAUUCGAUUGUGGUAUGAUUUUUUAAAUCUGGCAACGCUGUUACUUAUUCUAUUAGUCUCGACAUGUGAAAUAAGAAAAAUUUAAGUUGGUAGCUAUGCAAAUGCCUUGAUAAUCAAAAUUUUUCUUGUUAUAUUUGUUUAAUUGAAAAAAUUUUUUUCAGUGUAAAUUUGAGUAUAACUUUUUUUGCGUGUAGAUAAAAUGAUUUUUUUUUACUAAAAGUAUCUAACUGAGAUGUAAUUUUUCACCUAACCUGGCAACGCUGUCACUUGUUCUUCAUUUGACUAGUGAAAUAAGAAAAAUUUAAGUUGGCAGCUCUGUAAAUCUUGUUUUGAAAAUUUGAAAAGUAUUCAAUUGUCAUGUAAUUUUCGAAAUCUAUGAUUUAAUCGUUUUUUAUUUAAAAACUAAAAAUAUAGUUUAUGGAAU